UCACAGUCGAGCACUAUCAAGCCGAUGAUCAUGGACGACAGAGUCGCACCAUUUCUUCCCGAAGAAAUCAUAAGAAACAUUCUCAAACGUCUUCCUGUAAAAUCCCUGAUGCGAUUUCAAUGUGUGUGCAAACAUUGGAAAAAUCUCUUCAAGUGUCCAUCUUUCAUCGCUGACCACUUCCACCACUCCAGCCAUCAAAACCCUCUUCUUCUUCUCCAACCGGAACGCGAAGGUCAAUAUAUUUCUCAUUUAUAUUUGCUCGAUCGUGAGAUGCAAGUUCAUGAUCUUUCGAACUUGUUUGAUGCCAUGCGGAUCAUAGGUUCCUGCAAUGGCUUGCUCUGUGUUGAAAUCGAUGUGCAAGGAUUUGGGUUCAGUCCCAUGGUUAAUGAUUACAAGAUAGUGAGAACUUAUGCUGAGUAUAAGGAUUCGAUUUAUCAAGUGGAAGUGUAUUCAUUAAGCACUAGGUCAUGGAAAGAAGUAGAAUUCGAUUACAUGGCGGGUACACGAUUUGUUAAUGAUGCUAUAACUGCUAAUGGAUCUAUGUUUUGGAUUGGGUUACUAGAAGAUUGGGAGAUGGGAGGAGAUGAUAUUGAGGUGGUAGUUUCAUUUGACAUAGCAUUGGAACUGUUUGAAUUUGUACCAAUACCUGCGUUAGGUAAUAAUGCAAUGUUUCAUAUGAUGGUGUAUGAGGACAAACUUGCUAUACAUUCCCUCGUUAGGGAUGCAGACCCUGGUUGUAUAUUUGAUUUGUGGGUGAUGGAGGAGAAUAUUGGUGCAUCUUGUGGGGAGAGACGAAGUUGGACUAAGAUAUUCUCUAGCACCUGUUCAGCUGUUGGCUUGUUUAUUCCAUUUCCAUCCAUUUUUUGGGGGGAUGAACUUGUCUACAACAUUCAUGAACUACCUGGACUUGAUGGUGAAACCAAAAGUGAAGCUGAGAAUGGAGCGAGGACAGUUCUUUAUUUGUUAAAUAUCAGUACUAAUAAAUUCAAGAUAUUUAACACCCGUAAAUGUAGUACUUGGCCUGCGCGUAUUUUCAAUUAUGCACAAAGUCUUGUGCCUGUGAGUAAAAUCCCCAUUGAAGAGCCUUCAUCCUAGGUAUUCUUCAUUACAUUGCGGGUUCACUUUGUUUAAGCAAUUUUGGUGGAAAGGAGUCCAUGGCAGAUUGACAGCUUAGAUGAUUCUGUACCUAUGGCUAUAAUCCUUUGAUGCCAUUUAAAGAUGCUAUCUAGAAUGAUGAAUUUAGAUUUUUAAUAUAUGAUGUUUUUGACUUUA